AUGGGUUCGUCGGAUUAUUCGAACAACACCGUGCAUCGGCUUUGCAACAUUGUAACUCCCAUUGGGAACCUUGGUUAUGGGCUAGACCAGGAUCAUGUCAACAAGGCGCUCGAAGACUGCGUUUCCACAUGCGUUCCGACGGCAAUCAUACUCGAUUCCGGCUCGACCGAUAGCGGGCCAAAUUGUCUGGCAUUGGGAAGCAUGACAACUUCAAGACUGAAUUACAAACGCGAUCUCCAGAAGAUAUUGAGCUCCUCACACCGGUUCAAGGUAAUCGUUGAGAUUUGCGAAGAAAUUGUUGCAGCACCCGAGAAUUCAUCGUACGACUUCAAGACAAUCGCAAUCUUCGCCGGGAUUCCCAAGCCGAUCGUCUCACAAAGACUCGCCAAGGGAGUCAUCACCGGCUGUGGGCCAGCCGUACCCCCAAUCUCACAGUCAGACAUCGACAACUGUGUAAGAAUCUUGGGGCAGAUGGGACCUGAACCCUUUGUGCAAGCAAUGGAAGCAACACCGGGUUUCAGGCUAAUUAUCGGUGGUAGAGCAUAUGACCCAGCGCCAUAUGUGGCAUUCUCCAUGUUCUGUUUGCGAAGCAAAUUCGGCAACUCCGAAAAACUCUGCUCGAGUGAGAUUCUCGGAGGUUUUAUGCACAUGGGUAAGAUCAUGGAAUGCGGCGGUCUUUGUGCGCGCCCGAAGUCUGCUGGUGCGAUGGCAACGAUAUACCAAAAUGGCACAUUUGAUAUUCGUCCACUCCAUCCGCAGAGCAUAUGCACAACAAUGUCGGUUGCUGCACACACUCUAUAUGAGAAGAGCAGGCCAGAUUUGCUCUUCGGGCCAGGCGGCUAUCUUGAUGUCACUCAGUCAACAUAUGAAGAACUUCAAGAUGGACGCACCGUUCGGGUGCAAGGAGACCGCUUUUACACAUCCGCCAUGCAGGGAGCGCCCUAUCAAGUUAAACUUGAAGGGGCACAGGUCCUGGGUUAUCGGAGCAUGUACUUUGGGAGCUUGAGAGACCCCAUUCUCCUCAACCAGAUCGACGACUUUCUGGUCCGCGUGAAGGGAUACGUGCGACAGCAACAUGGAACUCAAGACUCUUGGCACCUUGCCUUCCAUAUAUAUGAUGGAAAACACAAAGACAUUGCCUCCGAGUUGCCGAGAGCCCCAGGCGAAAUUUUCCUAAUCGGCGAGGCAAUGGCGGGAACUCAGGCUCUGGCGACCGCUUUGGCCGACACUGCGCGCAUUGCCACAAUACACGGUCCAUAUCCUGGACAAAAAGCCACAAGCGGUAACUUCGCCUUUGGUAUUUGCGGCACGAAGACCGUUGAGCUUGGACCAUGUGCAGAGUUCAACAUCUAUCAUUUGAUGGACCUCGAACCUGGUGAGGAGUACGCCCAUGAAGAUUCGAUUGGCGAAAACGUCGUUGCUCCAACUGGGUUGUUUCGAUGGCGGAUCCAGGAUAUUAGCAAUAUCAAUCACGUCCUCAACGGAGAAGGAACGACAGGAAGUCCCGCUAAGUCAAUUCAGCGAAAUAGCGACAGACGAACCACGCAGGAAGAGCGCUCAUUGCCAACCAAAACUCCUGGUGUACCUCCCGGCCCCUUGGUCCUAGGAGAUGUCGCUAGUGUUCUGCGUUCCAAGAAUGCUGGGCCUUUCGAAAUCACUUUUGACGUGAUGUUCGACAUAGAGGAAAUAUACCGGGCUAUUAAAGACUCAGGGAUAUUGAGCCAAAAUCUGAUUGAAAGCUUGUAUCACCUGAAAACUGAGGAAUGUAUUUGGUGUGGAUGGUUCGAUCAGGCGCGAGCGUUCAAGGCGACCAUACCCAGGAAGCGAAACUCGCAACGCAAGGCCUCUGGUGGGUUCUUCGAAAGUGACGUGCAUGGCUCACAGCAAUACGUUCCACUGUUUAAGGUUCCUAUUCCAGAAGACGUUGCGGAAAAGAUUCGAAAGAUUCUCAAAGUUGAUGAAAGAGCAGCCCUGUGA